AUGAAAGCCAGUCGGGUAUUUGAAAGGAUGUUAGAAAAUUCCAUCAAAUCAAUGGGCCUUGAGAGGGAACUGGGCCUGCAAGGCAGCGCCAGAGUCCGCGGCCCACAGAGAGACAAGCAACCGGAUUGCUCUAAUAGUCCACGCACCCUGCCAGCUGGUAGAACGACUCAAUCGCCAAGCAUGGUUGUGGAGGUUGCAGAUUCAGAGGGCCAGAGUCAGGUUGAUGCCGAUGCGCGUUGGUGGCUGGAAAAUUUAGAUGGAGAUGUGAAGAUUGCGCUGACUAUUCCAAUUCAGAAUGGCGACAAGAGGGAUUGCCAUCUGAAGGUGGGAGGCCGUCGAUCACCCGACCAGAACAGACCCGCAUAG